GUAAGAUUCAAAAUUCGAGACGUCGUGACGCAGUGGUCCAUUUGGCCACGGUUGGUGAUGUCAUUCGUCCGCGACAUCACACUCGUAGCAUGUUAUGCUAACCGACAGUGCAAAACAAGUAGAGGUUCUUUUUUCGUUAAAGAGUUUUUGGUUGGGCAGGAGGUAAAAUGUCUUUAUAUGAUGAUCUCGGGGUCGCGACAAGCGACACUAAAACAGAAGGGUGGUCUAAAAACUUCAAACUGCUUCAGUCUCAGUUGAAAGUGAAGAAAGCUGCACUGACACAAGCAAAGACUCAGAGGACGAGACAGUCCAAUGUUCUAGCUCCAGUGAUUGAUCUGAAGAGAGGAAGUGCUGUAGAUGACAGGCAGAUCUCUGAUACACCUCCACACAUUGCUGCAGGAAUGAAGGACUCGACAUCAGUUGGCUUUUCAUCCGGAGAUGUGCUGAUUCCAUUGGCUGAUGAGUAUGACCCCAUGUUUCCCAACGACUAUGAGAAAGUGGUGAAGAAACACUGAGAAGAACGACAAAGACAGAGAGAACAGGAGCGUCAGAAAGAGAUUGAGGAGAGAGAGAAGAAACGUAAAGAGAGGCACGAAGGAGGUGGAGCGCCAAGUGGAUUUUCACGUUUCCCAACAGAAGGCGAAUCAGAUGAGGAGGAGGAGUAUGAGAGAGAAAAGAGGAAGAGGAAUAUGGGUGGAGCUGCCAUCGCCCCUCCGACAUCACUAGUGGAGCGAGACACAUCAUUUUCAUAUGAUGAAGAUGGUCGGCAGAGGUCGAAAGCAGCAAUCCCACCUCCCAUUUUUGAUGACUGUGAUAGACCUCGAUCUCCCCCGGGACCAACAAAUUCAUUCCUGGCCAACAUGGGUGGUACUGUGGCUCAUAAAAUCAUGCAGAAGUAUGGUUUCCGAGAUGGGCAGGGCCUUGGAAAACACGAGCAGGGGUUGAGCACGGCGCUCUCAGUGGAGAAAACCAGCAAGCGUGGGGGCAAGAUUAUUAUUGGAGACUCAGCGGAAAAGACGGAUGCCUCAAAGAAAAACGAGACCAACCCUCUUACAGAGAUUCUCAAAUGUCCAACAAAAGUGGUGUUGCUGCGGAACAUGGUUGGAAGGGGGGAAGUGGAUGAAGACCUGGAAGCUGAGACUAAAGAAGAGUGUGAGAAAUAUGGCAAAGUCAUCAAGUGUGUCAUCUUUGAGAUCGCUGGUGUUUCUGACGAAGAGGCUGUCCGCAUUUUCCUGGAGUUCGAACGAGUCGAAUCGGCCAUUAAAGCUGUGGUGGAUCUGAAUGGGCGGUACUUCGGAGGUCGCGUGGUGAAGGCCUGUUUUUAUAACUUGGAUAGGUUUCGUGUUUUAGACCUGGGAGAUCAGGUGUGAGUGGGAGAUCCAGACCUGCACAACCAGGAAAGAAUAAGCACCAGGAAGAAGUAAUUUGUCUUUUUGUAAAUAGCAUGAGUAAUUUUAUACACCCUUGUAAAACAUUAGCUUGUGUGCCCCUUUCCACAAUACGUUUUUGAUAUCUCAGUUUAAUGUGCAGAGUGUUAAGUAAGCCAUUUAUGGUUUACUUUCUGAUAAUUGAGCACUGUGUUGCUUUUUGCAGUGGGUCUAUUUGUUUGGCUCAACUAGAAAAAUGAGAAAAGUGUUGUUAGUAUUAAAAACUCAUCUUCUCCAGUAGUUACUACAUGGUUUUAAAGAAAGAAACAAUUACAAGCUCAUGUUGAAUGGGGUGAUGAUGAUGGUGAUGAAUGAGUCCUGGUUCAUGAUUUAUAUAAUCAGACAUACAAGUCCCUGUGCGACUCUAGAAAGUAGGAAACCUACAUUCUUCUGUUGUGACAUAACGGCGACUCCCAUGAGCCCUCACUCUCUGGUCCACACACUAUUGAUAGACUUAAAGAAUGAUACUUUUUCGUAAUGCGUGUCUUGACCUGAGCAGAAAUUGGGUUUGGCGUGUUACUCAAUAAAAGGUGAUUUCAUAA